AUAAAAAUCGCUUUCAUACGUUUUUAACAUAUUUAAACCCCGUCUGCGAACCUCAAACCAUACGAAUGAGCGCUCAAUUAGUCAUUAGGUAGUCUAAAUCGGCACCAUUUUCUUCGCUAGGGAAUGGUCAUUGUUCAUUGAUUUUCUAGACAAAACUUCCUCGAUUAUUUCCACGAAAGAAAUUUAAGCAUUUCAACUACCGAACACAAGAAGCCGCUUUGCGCUCUUGUUCAGAUCCUAUCAAUGGUGAUACCCGUGCUAACAACGCGGCUUGCUAAGAUCAUGCCAAAAUACUUCUGUUUCUUAGUAAGCUGUGAGGUUCACGGGCGAAAAUAAAAGUGGUAUCGGAACACCCCAAACUCCAUCCCUAUAUUCGAUAUACCAUUACAUAAACAUGCAAAAAAUCAGUGCUGCUUUGGCUGGAACUAUUAAACUUGCCGACGAAUACGAAAUUAACCGUAUCGGCUAUGGUGCUUUGAGAGUUACUGGACCCAAACUCUGGGAUGAACCCGAAGACAAGGAAGGAGCGCUUCGUACUCUCCGUGGUGUUCCCAACCUUGGCAUCAACUUCAUUGACACUGCCGAUAGCUAUGGCCCCGAGACCAGUGAGAACAUGAUUCGUGAAGCCUUGUAUCCCUACGAGGGCAUCCUGGUCGCUACCAAGGGCGGUGUUGUUCGUCCUUCCCCCGAUGGAUGGGAGCCUGUUGGCCGUCCCGAGUACUUGAGACAAUGUGUUUUGAUGAGUCUUCGUCGUCUUGGUCUCAAGCAACUUCCUCUCUGGCAAUUGCAUCGCAUCGACCCCAAGGUCCCUCGCGAGGAGCAAUUCCAAGUGAUUCAAGACAUGCAAAAGGAGGGCUUGAUCAAGCACGUUGGUCUCAGUAAUGUCUCUGUGGAGGAUAUCCAAGCCGCUGAAAAAUACUUCAAGGUCGUGAGUGUGCAAAACUUGUUCAACCUUGUCAACCGCGAGGCCGAAGACGUCCUCAACUACUGUGAAAAGAAGGGAAUUGUUUUUAUCCCUUGGUGUCCUCUUGCUGCCGGCGACCUUUGCAAGUCCGGAAGCAUCUUGGAUGUCGCCGCCAAAGAGCUCAAAUGCUCUCCCUCAGACGUUUGCCUUGCUUGGCUUCUCCAACGCAGUCCCGUCAUUCUCCCCAUUCCCGGUACUUCCAAGCUCCAACACUUGGAAGAAAAUGUUGCUGCUGCUCGUAUCAAGCUUUCUCCCGAGCUCUUCCAAAAAUUGGACGAAGCCGGAAAGAAGACCUACGAGGCAUCUAAGGCUUCUGCUUAAUCUGGAGAAAAAGAUUUAAUGUUCAUAUUAACGACAAUAAAAAGCAAAAAGUGCGAUUCAUGUUUACAUGCUCAGCUCUGUCUAGUAGAUAGAUGGUCCCGUAGUACACAUAACACCGUCGUACACUUCAUGGCAACCUAAAAAAGAAACUGUUCCCCAUUUUGGCAAUGCCGACUUUACUAAUUCAUUUGGUCUAUGG